UAGAACCACAGGAGCAAAAGAACUGUCCUCUCUUUGCGUUCACCUGAUUGUCAUCAUCAUGAAGUGUUUAUGUAUGCUGAGGCAGAGAGAAAAUCAAAGGCUACAGGAAUUUUGUCUUAAGCAGUAUUCCGAUGUAAAUCAGACCAGACUAUUUGGUAAAAUGACCUCUUGUGUUGCUGAAGAACCUAUUAAAAAGAUUGCUAUCUUUGGAGGGACUCAUGGAAAUGAAUUGACUGGAGUGUUUCUUGUUACUCACUGGCUAAAGAAUGGUGCUGAAAUUCACAGAGAAGGGCUGGAGGUGAAACCAUUCAUUACCAACCCAAGAGCAGUGGAGAAAUGUACCAGAUACAUUGACUGUGACCUGAAUCGUGUUUUUAACCUUGAAAAUCUUAGCAAACAGAUGUCUGAGGAUUUGCCAUAUGAAGUGAGAAGGGCUCAAGAAAUAAAUUACUUAUUUGGCCCAAAAAAUAGUGAUGAUUGCUACGAUGUCGUUUUUGACCUUCAUAACACUACUUCUAACAUGGGCUGCACUCUUAUUCUUGAAGAUUCCAGGAAUGACUUUUUGAUCCAGAUGUUUCACUAUAUUAAGACUUCCUUGGCUCCAUUACCCUGCUAUGUUUACCUCAUUGAGCAUCCUUUCCUCAAAUAUGCAACCACUCGUUCCAUUGCCAAGUAUCCUGUUGGUAUAGAAGUUGGUCCUCAGCCUCAAGGUGUUCUGAGAGCUGAUAUUUUGGACCAAAUGAGAAGAAUGAUUAAACAUGCUCUUGACUUUAUACACCAUUUCAAUAAAGGAAAGGAAUUUCCUCCCUGUGCUAUUGAAGUCUAUAAAAUAAUGGAGAAAGUUGAUUAUCCAAGAAAUGAAAAUGGAGACGUUGCUGCUGUUAUCCAUCCUAAUCUGCAGGAUCAAGACUGGAAACCGUUGCACCCUGGAGAUCCUGUAUUUGUGUCUCUUGAUGGAAAGGUUAUCCCACUGGAUGGAGACUGUACCGUGUACCCAGUGUUUGUGAAUGAAGCUGCAUAUUAUGAAAAAAAAGAAGCAUUCGCAAAGACAACUAAACUAACACUCAAUGCAAAAAGCAUCUGCUCCACUUUGCACUAAAAGAUCACUGAAGCUCACAGUUAUAAGGAGUCUUGCAAACCUCUAGGUCUCUGUAAGCUUCCGUAAGAGCAGGGGAGAGCUGCCUUAUUCUGGUGCCUUAUUCUAGUUCUUUUCCUCAGCAUCUGGCCCAGUGCCUCAGCAGUAAGAAUCGAGGCCAGCUUCUGAAAGGAAAUAAUAAACUAAUGAAUGUCUUUCUAAUGUAUUUCGAUGCACAGUAGCUAAUUGAGGCAAGUGUGCUAUUUUCUGUAUUGCUCUUUAUACAUUAUAUCCUGGUGGAUUAACACUGUUAACCUUCACAUUCAGAGCAUAAUAUUGAAAUACAUGCAACUUAACAUACAGUGAGACAGACUGAAUGUAUAUUUUCAAGCAAUUCAUAAGUGCUACUCAAAACUAAUAGUACAGACUUGGUACUUUAAAGUUCUGGAUGACGACAGUAUAUUAAAUGUCCAUUCUAUAAA